CCCCGCAGCACUGCAACUACCACGAUCAUACCGGUCUCCAUGUCGAGUCGAGCUCAGGAGGACGAGGACCGCAACAUCCUCAUCUUCACAGGGAAAGAAUCGCAGCGGAUGAUCCUCGGGCGGAAGUAGAUCUCGAGCAGGGGAGGAGCGGCCCAAGAGAGGAAAGAGCGGGAGAGGAAGGAAGACGAGCGACACAUGAUGGUACACUGACCGGUGGCCGCGACGAAAUACAGCAUCAUGGACCACCUCUAGCGCAACAGGAGCGAAGAUCCACCGCGGACCCGAAGCAGGGUGCAAGCGCGUUCGCGAAUGCGAAAAAGAAGGUCAGACGAAGCAACGUCAAAUCUUCGCAACGAGACAGCACUGGAAGAAACGAUGCCGAUCUGGAUGUGUGUCAGGACAUCCUUCCCUCUCGAGUGCCGGUCGGAGGUGUAGUCGGGUCAGCUAGUGCGCUGUCGGGUGACAAUAAUUAUCCUGGCGAAGAAGGAGUUCUGGAAAGAAACGACCCAGGGUCCUCCUCAUCCAGAUCCAGUAGCAAGGAAUCGCGUGAAAAAUCUGCGACGGCCUCCCCAUCUACUUCUCGAGAGGAAGAGGAGUGCUGUCGAAGUAGUAGGAAUAACCGGUCCACCUUCCUCUCCAAAUGCCUGCAGUCAGCAACAACCUCUUGCACUGCCUGCAAGGUGGCGGCGAGACAGC